AUGCCUUUCUUAAAGAAAAUAGAAACUCGCGAUUUGUCGUCGAAAUAUGGACAAGAACAUCGUGGUGUAGUAGCUCUUGAACCCAUUCGAGCCGGAGAACCUGUUUUUACGUGUGAUUUAUCAGUAUGCAACUAUUAUAAACUUGAAGACCCAACUAAUAAAAUGACAAAAGCUGAAGUUGCUGCUUUAAUGAAAGCUAAUCCAGAAUCAGCUGAUUAUCUUCGUUAUUAUACUUAUAUGCUUGAUGAUGAUUUAUUUGAUGUACCACGUCAUUAUAAAACUCGAGAGAUAACUGAAGAUUGCUUACUUUUUAAUCAUUCAUGUGAUCCAAAUUGUGGAUUUGGUGGUGACGAAGAAGAACUUGUUAUAGCUAUUCGAGAUAUUGCUGAAGGCGAAGAACUUACUUAUCAUUAUGGUUUAAUGGAUUCUGAAAAUAGCUUUUGGACUGGUUUAAUAUGUAGAUGUGGAGCAAAAAAUUGUAAUGGAGAACUUAAAUUUGAUUGGUGGCGAGAUCCUAAAUGGCAAGAAAAAUAUGAAAAAUAUGCUGGUGCUCAUAUUAAACGAAAAAUUAGAAAAUUACGUGAAGAACAAAAGAAAAAUCAAACAACAUCUUGA